AUGAGUAUGAAACCAACCCAACGUGCUCUGAUCCGGAAGGUUCUGGUGCUUCUCGGUCCUCUCGUGGCAGUCCCCCUCUUGUUUUUCGGCCCGGUGAGUCUCUCCCUGCUCACCGUGCUCUUUGACCUGAACUCGUUCAUUUCAGGAGUACAGAUGUCUGUUCUCCAUCGUCUUCCUCUCCAUUUACUGGAUCGGAGAGGCAUUUCCGAUCGGAGUCACUUCCCUCCUGCCUUUGGCUCUUUAUCCGAUCCUUCAGAUUGUCCCGUCCAAACAGAUCAGUCCUGUAUACUUUAAAGUGAGCAUCGGUCGAAUUCAAAGUCCCCAUCUUUGAUUCAGGAUUCGAUUGUUCUUUUCAUGUGCACUUUGAUCAUGGCAAUGGCAGUGGAGGCAACUGGUCUGCACAGAAGAAUUGCACUGAAAUUGCUGACGAAGGUGGGCGCGAAGCAGCCAGUGUAAGGGGAGGAUUCGAUUACUGUGACCGACAUUUAACAGUUUUACAGAAUGCUUCUCGGCUUCAUGUGCAUCACCAGUUUCAUGUACGUUCAUAAUACUUCCAAUAGUGUGUGCAGUUUCUCUUCCAGAUCUUUUUUCGUCUCCGAUACGGCUUGCACCGCCCUGAUGUGCCCGACUGCAGUUGCUCUUCUGAUGAGCAUGUCAGACGCCGUUCAGCAUGUGAAAGAUGGAGAAAAGAAGAGAAAACCGGUGCCUGAGGAUGCGAGUGUCGCCGAGAGACUGAGGAUUGAAGAGAUGGCUCCGCAAGACGCUGGCUUCUGCAAAGCACUGAUCCUCGCAUGUGCUCACGCGUCUCUAAUCGGGGGAACUGCUAUUAUCACUUCCACAGGACCCAAUUUAGUGUUCAGAGAGAACAUUAACAAGUCGGUUGUUUCUAUUGCGGCAGAACACAGAUCUUUACUUUCAGAAGGUAUGCGGAAGGGCAGGUAUCAAUGACAUAUUUGCAGUGGAUGGUAUUUGCCAUUCCGCCAGUGAUUCUCUAUCUACUCGCUUCUUAUGUGAUCCUUGUGGUACUCUCCAGAUAUAUCCAAAUACCCUCAUUCACUCACUUUUCAGUGUUAUUUCAUGGGACCAUCCACGUUGUUCAAGUGGUUUGAGAAGACCUCAAAAGAAGAAGAACAUUUAAAGAAAGUUGUGGAGAAGAACAUUCAGUUGAUGUAUGAACAGUUGGGGGAUAUUUCGUGAGCACACGCAGCUCUUUGUUCAAAAAAAGUAACAUUUUCCAGUUGGGGAGAGAAGUCGGUCUUCGGCCUUUUUGUCCUUCUUAUUGGUUCGUGGAUAUCUAGGGAUCCGGGUUUCGCUCCGGGAUGGGGAGAUCUUCUUCCUCAUCGGCACUACCUGUCCGACAGUGUCUCCGGAAUCCUUAUCGCUUGUAUACUCUUUAUUUGGCCAAAAGAUCCAUUCGAUUCCGCUGAUCCGUUCGCUCCCAUCCUCAAAUGGACAGACAUGAAGAGCAAGUACUCGUGGUCUUGCACACUGUUAAUCGGUGCUGGAUAUGCCAUCUCGGAAGGGGUUGAUGUAAGAGAACACGAAGAUCCAAUUACAUUACACUACGAUUGAUUCAUUAUUCCAGAAAUCAGGACUGUCCCGUUUGAUAUCGUGUGCCAUGAGGAAAGUAUUUGUGGGAAUGAGCUCUUUUCCACUACAAUGUAAGUGAUUGGGAACAAUUGAGAGAAAAGGGAACGGUUUGCAGUGACUGUGACAACGACCAUAGUGAUAAUGACAGAGUUCGCCAGCAACGUUUCGACCGGAAGCAUCUUCAUCCCAAUCUCCCUCGGAGUGGCCGAAUCCAUGGGGGUCCAUCCGCUCUACCUCGCCCUCCCGACCACCGUCGCCUGUUCUUUCGCCUUCAUGCUUCCCAUCUCGACUCCUCCGAAUGCAAUUGUCUACGACACCAAGGUUAUUUCGAUGGUUGAAAUGGUAAUAUUCAUGAGAGGUUCAGUGUACAUAGUGCUUCCGUUUUCAGAUCGUUUGUGGUUUCCUUCUGAACAUUCUCUGCAUUAUCAUCACUUCGCUCAACAUGAACACGUGGACCUAUUUCGUGUUCUCACUUGGCACUUUCCCCGACAGCAUCGUCUCUUCUGCUUCCAACUCUUCGUUUCCAGUCUGCUAA